AUGGUCAAGACCAUCAUGAGCGCGCUGGCCAUCCUGGCCGCAAUCACAUCACUGACUACCGCUACCCCGGUAAAAUGUAACAAUGCCACGGAGUACUGCGGAGCGACACUGAUAGAUAGGGGUGGAUACCUGGUGGACAUUCGCACGAUACUCGAAAACCACGGAGAGGAUCCUGAUGGUCCGCUUUUAAAAGACGGUCUCUUUCGGUGUAACGAAGAUGGCAAGCUUGAGAACAGUUUUAGAAACUGCGGUGAAAAUAAAUGUCGUGGUAACGAGCAUCAUUACCCAGAGACGGGCGAUGAUUGUCAUGGACAAUGGCACGGAAGUAUCCUCCCAGAUAUUGAUAAAUAG